AUGCCGUCGACUGGCCAGUUAAAACCCAGCAACAUGCCGUCGACUGGCCAGUUAAAACCCAGCAACAUGCCGUCGACUGGCCAGUUAAAACCCAGCAACAUGCCGUCGACUGGCCAGUUAAAACCCAGCAACAUGCCGUCGACUGGCCAGUUAAAACCCAGCAACAUGCCGUCGACUGGCCAGUUAAAACCCAGCAACAUGCCGUCGACUGGCCAGUUAAAACCCAGCAACAUGCCGUCGACUGGCCACUUCAAUCCCAGCAACAUGCCGUCGACUGGCCAGUUAAAACCCAGCAACAUGCCGUCGACUGGCCAGUUAAAACCCAGCAACAUGCCGUCGACUGGCCAGUUAAAACCCAGCAACAUGCCGUCGACUGGCCAGUUAAAACCCAGCAACAUGCCGUCGACUGGCCAGUUAAAACCCAGCAACAUGCCGUCGACUGGCCACUUCAAUCCCAGCAACAUGCCGUCGACUGGCCAGUUAAAACCCACCAACAUGCCGUCGACUGGCCAGUUAAAACCCAGCAACAUGCCGUCGACUGGCCAUUUCAAUCCCAGCAACAUGCCGUCGACUGGCCAGUUAAAACCCACCAACAUGCCGUCGACUGGCCAGUUAAAACCCAGCAACAUGCCGUCGACUGGCCACUUCAAUCCCAGCAACAUGCCGUCGACUGGCCAGUUAAAACCCACCAACAUGCCGUCGACUGGCCAGUUAAAACCCAGCAACAUGCCGUCGACUGGCCACUUCAAUCCCAGCAACAUGCCGUCGACUGGCCACUUCAAUCCCAGCAACAUGCCGUCGACUGGCCACUUCAAUCCCAGCAACAUGCCGUCGACUGGACAGUUAAAUCUCUGCACAUUUUUGUGACCGCAAUAGAACGACAACCGCAAGAUGGUUGGUUUCUAAAGUUCAUUUAUCAAAACAUUUCCCCCUUAAUGAGGCCAAAAGUCUGAUUGAUCUACAUGAUAAUCGGUCUGUGUAGAAAUGAUCCUCCUUGUCAACUCCCAGGUCUAUAUGAAACAGGGCAGAGCGUCGGCCUAUCCGCUCCUAGCCGCUCCAUCCAGAUGACAGGAGAACGGAUGUCAUUUGGUUCAUUAACCUUACAGCACUUUACCACUGGACCAUGUACUCUAGAUGGUUCAGUCCAUCAAGGAUUUUUUUUUAUAUAUAUUUUUUAAAGCACCUUAAUAGCAUCGGGAAGCCUCAACUAUGGCCAGGGGCUGAUUUGCUCUGGCGUUAUCAAACAGCGUAAUAAUUAUACAUGACAAGCCUCUGGUUUAUGCUCUUUGAUUAUUACACCGUCAGAGUUCUUCUUCAUUAUUUUAAUAUAGGGGCCUAUGGGGUGGGGUUUAGGCAACCCACUGAAAGAAGAGAAUGCGGGAGAAAUCACCACCCCCUUCCUGCUUAGAACCCUCACCCCGAGACAAUACAAUGACACAAAGGGGAGAAAAUAAAUGUGAAAAGGAUCCGUGUGUUCACACAGCGUUUCCCCCAGGUUCUCCAGCGUGUGAAGAAAAAUGUGGUGUGUGUGUGUGUGUGAGAGCUCAGGCGUAGAGGGCUUGCACCUGGAGCAGGGAGGAGCAUGCAAGGUCAGGGGUCACCCCACGGGGCUAAACGGGACUUGCUCGCUCUCCUGAGAAGGCCAGACAGUCCCUGCGGUGGCAUUGACCAAUAUGGGCCUUUUUAUCUCUCCUGUUCCCCCUCUCCUUCUCUCCCGUUCCCCCUCUCCCGUUCCCCCUCUCCUUCUCUCCCGUUCCCCCUCUCCUUCUCUCCCAUUCCCCCUCUCCUACGCUUUCUUUCUUUUGGAAAAGCGCAGUAAUCCAUAACAGAUUCAACAACGGCAGCUCGAUCAUCCUCACCGUCGCCCAUUUUCUCCCCUCAGAUGGAAAUUCUAA